AUGAGUGUUGAAAACAGGAGGCGGUGGAUCAUCCCAGAGGACUCCAACUGGUCGCUCAAACAAGUUCCUUUUCUUUCUGAACUGUGUCUACACUCGAUCGUUACAAACAUUCAAGUCAAGCCCAUAUAUGGAGAGCUGAGCCCCUCUGAGCAGAAGUACAUCCAGGAGACUUUGUCCAUUCACACUCCACUCUCUCUCACAAGCAAACUCAUCCCUGACGGCGCGUACUGGCAGAAAAGAUGCAAGGAGCUUUGGCACAACUGUGAUGCGUCCAACCACGGCCAGAGCUGGAAAAGGCUGUUUUUUGAGCGAUACUUGGAGAAUCUAAUUGAAUUAUACAUCCCCAAUGUGACGCUAUUAAAAAGCAUCCUUGAUAUGCUGCCUCUUUGUAAGGACUUAGUGAAAAGACUGGACAUUCAGGAGCUGCUGGUGCCGAUCGAGAAACCAGAGGAACAGCACAUGGAGCUGAACAAUAUCCACAAUGAUGACGAAAUCUGUCUAGAUCAUUUUAAUUUCAAUGCACUGCUAGGAAAGCUUUGUAACCUGGAAGAGCUUCACCUGGUUUACAGAAUCAAGCAGUGCGGCAUGAACUAUCAAAAAGAGAUGUUUCAGAUGACGCAAAAAGACUGUGAGACACUCGCUCAGGCGGUCAAGUCUUGUAACUCUCUGAAGGUCUUGCACCUCUACCAAAGCAGUGUUGGUGACGCUCAGUGCAGGCUCCUGGUCAAACACCUCCUGGACCAUCCCUCUUUAACCAAGCUGGACUUCAGUUUCAAUGUGAUCGGCGACAGAGGAGCCCGAGCCGUCGCCAAACUGCUCACCAGGAGUAAGCUGAUCUCCCUCAACCUGUACUUCAACCAGAUCCAGGACCACGGGGCAAAGGCUCUCGCCCACGCUCUGUCGCACGGCUCCACUUUAGAGGAGCUCAACCUGGGCAUUAACCGUGUGGGGGAUGAGGGAGCGCAGGCCAUCGUGAGCGCCCUGAGGAACAACUCCUGCUUGAAGACCUUAAACCUGUCUGGGGCUGGGGCGGCUGGGCAGACCACGGCCGCACUCUGCACCCUGCUCCUCCACAAUCGGACACUGAGCAGCAUCAAUCUAUGCCACAGCAAACUGGGAGCGGAUGGAGGGAGAGCUUUACGAGAGGCCAUGUCCCAGAACAGCACUGUGGUCAAGUUUGAUCUGGAUCUGACCGGUAUGGAAGAGGAGGACACUGACUCCAUACAGAAGGUGGUGAGGGCCAACGAGCACGCUCACAAAACAACAAAACAAGUGAACAAUGUAAAACAGGAGACCAGCACUCCUUAA